UAUAACACGCUUCAGGUCAGCUUCCUGCUGCACAUUCACUAGAGGAUACCUGGAGGACUGCUGCCCUCGCUGCUGGACGUCCCUCUUCUCUAAGACUUUUAGCUCACAGAGAGAAAAAAAAAAAAAAAAGCAGUGAGUGGACUGAACACAAGGAGCUCCUGGAUGUCUUCUCUGUGGGGAUUUUUUCACUUCCCACUUGUUCUAACGAGGGUUUAAUCACCUGGAUUGACCUAGAUCUUUUUUUGUUUGUUUGUGCUUUUUUUUUUUUUUUUUUUUUCAGACUGGAAACUUUGAGAGAGUUUUCUGGCUUGUAGAGUCUGAGGACAUCAUUGACUUUUGCAUACUUUUUUUUUUCCCCCCUUUUCUUUCUUGCGGGACUGACACUUCUUCUUUGGGAAAAAAUCUAUUUCCAAGAUGUUCUGCUCUAGGAGAGUACUACAACAGUGGUGCUUAGCUCUGUUCUUAUUGUGUUCUCCUGUGCCACACUAUGGGAGGCCAAUUGAUGCCCUGAGCAACAGAAUGAAACGCUCUGUGACCCAUGCCCAGCUGAUGCACGACAAAGGCCGGACGCUGCAAGACUUCAAGCGUCGCAUGUGGCUGCAAGAGCUGUUGGAUGAGGUCCACACGGCCGAGAUCCGGGACCUUCCUGUCCGGACCGGGGCGAGCAGCGGUGCCGGCGUGGGCCUCCCAGGGGUGGGCGUGAGCAUCAACCUGAGCACCACUGGCAGCACCCUCCACUCUAAGCCCCCAGGAGGAACUAAGAACCUCCCUAUCAGCUUUCGACUGGAGGAGGAGGAGGGCACCAACCUACCCCAGGAAACCAACAAGUCUCAGACGUACAAAGAAGGAGGGGUGCUUAAGUCAUCUGGCAAGAAGAAGAAGAAGGGGAGGUCCGGAAAGAGGCGAGAGGGCGAGAAGAGGAAGCGGCGGGCACGCUCCUUGGGAUGGCGGCUGGAGGACGAGCCCGGAAGUGGCUUCCACCUGGAGUGGCGGCCUCUCCUCGGCCUACAGGGGGCGCUUCACUAAAACACUGUCAGUCUCUGACAAAGAAACCUACGGACAGUUCAAGUGGACUCCUAAAUACUCAUAUUACAGUCUUCUGUAAUAGUGAUUGUUUGGAAAGAAAUAGGAAAAUAUUUAUUGUCUGUAAAUAUUCUAAAUAUAGCAGAAUAGUGAUAAUGAUGACAGUAAAAAAAAAAAUAUGAUAAAACCUUAUUUGAUGAUCUGUGGAGCAACAGAUUUUAACCAUUGUGAAUCCUUGCUUUUUUUUUUUUUUAUUCCAAUUAUAAAUGUCAGAUUUGCGGUAAUUUAUUUUGUUCGAAUGGUGUAUUUAUUUUGUAAAUGUAUCGAGGUGCUGCUGACCUUCUAUAUUUUUGUACCAUAAUGCACUUUAGAUAUAUAAAUAUAAAUAUAUAUACCAGUAAUUUUGUUAAUUGACUUUUUUGUGGUUGAUUGAAAUGAAGAAAAACAAUGGUCACCCUUCUGUGUGUUACUUCUCAGUUUGACUUUAGGCUCGUACGAUCUCUGUUCAGCCGCGCAGUCGUGUUACUUUGCUGCUGUUUAGGAUGUCUUCAACAUGACCCCUCCCCGACUCCCCUCCACCCCUCUCUGUGUCUUUUGGGUAGCCGUUUGUAAAUUGCGCUAUAGGAUGGAAUGUCGUCAUUACACCCCCCACCAGUUGCCUUUUGGUGUCUUGUUUCUUCCAUGGCCUGCUCUGCUUCUGAAUGCCAAAGUUCACUUUGUACAUAAACUGAACACAUAACGGCUCGAUAUUGUUGUUUGGCACUUGCACUGAGAUAACACCCUGUACUGAAUGGAUUAAACAUUUGACAGUA